AGGUUGCUUCCACCAAACCUUGGAAAACCCUUCGCAUCAGCCAAAAAGAAUGGGAAAGAAUAUCCAAACUACGCGUAUGCUUGCAUUGUUCAAAGCCUGGGCAUGCUUUGCAAGAUUGCUAUCGUCUUCAGGGAAACAGGCAAGGGGCAUAGAGGAGUCAUCAGCACUCUCUACAGCAAGGGAAGUUGGGCAGUCAGUUGCAGGCCCUUCCGAGGAUCCUGGAUCUCAUCAGCAUCGUUCUCUUGAAACCCAAAUUAAUGUUGAAUCCAAGGCUGACGCAGUUCAAGUAUUGUACACUGAGCCUUGGGAGGAGUCUAAAGAGGUCGACCUCCACGCCGACAUGAAGCAUUGGCUGCAGCUCAAGCAGCAACGCCGUGUUCAAGGGAGCGUGAAGCUGAUUUUCUUUAAGCUACUCAUUAACCGCCGAUACAUCUGUGUGCUGAUUGACAGUGGUUCGACCACUAAUUUCUUCUCUCCGAACGGGAUUCGUAAGGCGGGCCUGGGUAUGAAGCAAGUUGAACUGCAGAACCCUUGCCGGACUCAGGUGGGCAACCAAGAGGUUGUCACUUCUACUCAUGCUGUCAAAGGUGUGCGCAUCACCUUUGACAAAGAUCGCACUGUCACACAUGAGCUGAAUUUCUAUAUCCUGGACAAGUGUCCUUUCGACGCGGUCAUUGGCUUGGGCUGGCUAAAGGCUCAUUGCCUAAGGACCACGUGGGCAGACAACCAGUUCGUGGUACUUGAUGCCAAGGGGAACGAGCGUACCGUCUUACUAGACGAGACACGCGAGUCCCUUGUGACUCUUCUCAGUGCUAACAAAUUCUGCAGAUUCAUCAACAAACAUUGGAAAGACUUCACGUCUCAGAUCUACUACAUCAAACUGAACAGGACUUCUGGUCGACACCCCGAAGCCAACGGAUUGGCUGAGGAGAUCAACCAGACUGUCAUCCAAUUGCUUCGUGCACUAAUUGUUCCAGAUCAGAACAUGUGGGACAAGGAAUUGCACAAAGUGAAGGGGUUGUACAACAACUCCAUCCAUUCUGCGACUGGUGUGACACCAAACCAAUUGCAGUAUGGAUGGCCUAUGCGUAAUCCCCUCUCCUAUCUGUUCCCCGAACGGUCACCUGGUCUGAUGCCUGGCAUGCCUCGCUACAUUGCCAAGUACGCACGCUUGCUCAAAGCCGCUACAGCAGCUAUGAACAAGCGUCAGCAUGCCAUGAUCAAACAUGCCAAUAAGCUGCGCAAAGAAGAAAAAUUCAAAGUAGGGGAUUAUGUUUGGGUCAAAAUGUCUGAGUUUUCUGGUGAAGAGGGCAUAUCACGGAAGCUUCUUCCACUGUACUACGGCCCUUGGUAGAUUCUGAAGGUAGUCGGGGAUGACUUCGGUCCUUCGUACAUGAUUGACGUGCCUCCUCACCUACGCACGUAUCCAGUCUUCCAUGCCUCCAAACUGUUCCCACACGUUGAUGAUGAGACUUUUCCCUUCCGUGACCCUAUGAUACCUCGCCCUAUUGACGGCGGCCAUGAGAUUGACAGAAUCGUUUCUCGCGAGGGGAGAGGGAGGAACAGACAAUACAAAGUUCAUUUCCUCUACCACCCAUUGAACGAGUUCUUUUGGAUCGACCGGAAAGAACUGAUAAAAAGUGUUCCACGUG